UCUCUCUUAUCUGCAGAUGAGCCUGCACCGUCUGUCGAGCUGUGGGAAUCAAUGAGGUGUCUUUUUGAGUGCUGUGCUGGACUGCUUGGCCCAGAUUGGCUCUGCUUUAUGUUGUUGCUGUUGCCUGCGUGUCAAAAGUACUCUGUGUUGUGUGAGCUAUCUGCAGAUGCCCUUCAACGUCCGACCGGCUCAACCAGAAAUGAAUUGUUUUCUGUGCUCGGAUACACCCAGAGCAAUCAAUUCUGUUUUGUACGAGUCUAUGCACGUGUCAAACACGCCCGGCGAGUCCCAGGUGUUUUUUCACGUUCUCAUCACAUUCGAGCUCGGGGCACGUGACCUGUAUUCACGCUUUCACCUCAUGUUGUUGGAGAGGACUAGAUAGCUCAUGGGCAUUCAUUUCUCUGCUGUGUUUGUUGUCUUUGCUGAAAGCUUCUCACGCGCUUGGUCAUCAUGGAGCUACCUCGUCGGAUCGAACCUGGCUGGGGGAGCGCAUCCAAACAGACGCCAAGCGAGAAUACUGCAGCCCCCAAGUCUGAUGCACAGCUAAUGCUUGAGAAUAUUCUACAGGGAACUACCCAAUCUAUGGAGCAGUCCGCUGAGUCGGCCAAUAAACCCCAGGAUGCUAAGCCUCGUCUGAUGCUGAUGGGCCUGCGUCGGAGCGGCAAGUCAUCGAUCGCUAGCGUGGUCUUCCACAAAAUGCCACCCAACGAGACUCUUUUCCUGGAAUCGACGACCCGGAUCCAGAAGGAUUCAAUCCACUCGUUCAUGGACUUUCAGGUCUGGGAUUUCCCUGGUCAGCUAGAGUACCUGGAGCCAUCUUUCGAUCUGGAAAGCAUCUUCGGAAGUUUGGGCGCGCUGGUUUGGGUCAUUGACGCUCAAGACGAUUACAUGGAAUCGGUGGCGCGUCUCAAUCGCACGAUCUUAACUGUUCAGCAGUACUAUCCGAACAUCAACAUCGAAGUCUUUAUUCACAAGGUCGAUGGUAUCACCGAUGAAUACCGCACCGACACUUUCCAGGAUAUUGUCCAGCUCAUUUCGGACGAGCUCAGUGAUGCGGGCUACGAAAAUGCUCCGGUUCAUUACUACCUGACCUCCAUCUAUGACUACUCCGUCUUUGAAGCCUUCAGUAAGGUCAUUCAGAAACUCAUUCCCAACCUGUCUACGUUGGAGAAUCUGAUCAACACCUUGUCCAACAAUUGCGGAUUUGAAAAGACCUAUCUUUUCGACGUUCUCAGCAAGAUCUACAUUGCGUCCGACACCCGUCCGGUCGACAUGUCCUGCUAUGAGAUGUGCUCCGACUAUAUUGACGUUAUUGUGGACAUUUCGGAGCUGUACUCCUGGGAUCACCCCGACCGCAAGGCCAAGGGCGAGCAGAAUCAGGAGGCAGAAAGCCACGCUGUUUUGCACGAUGAUACGAUGAUCCACCUCAUGGAGAUGAACAAGUAUCUUUGUCUUGUUUCUGUUAUCCGAAACCCCGAGUCGAAGGAUAAAAAGGGCCUUAUCGAUAUGAAUUGUCGUACCUUCCAGGAAGCCCUCAAUGAUGUCUUCUCCCGCAGCUGGGAGCAGGAUCAGGAAGAGCCCGGAGUGGUGACCGAGGAGUAAAAUUCCGAAUUCGUUUGCAUUGGCGAGGUUGUUUU